AUGAGCAUUAAAUCAAUUGCCAUAGUUGGAGGAGGGCCAUGUGGAGCCGCUGCUGCCAAGGCAUUUGUUGCUGAACGGUGUUUCAACAAGGUUAAAGUUUUUGAAAAAAGAAGCCAAUUUGGUGGUCUUUGGAACUAUGAAUCGGAAACUGAAAAUUUCCCGGUUCCCAAUGAGGUUCCAUAUAAAAUAACUCCGAUCAUUAAGGAUGAUAAGAUAGUAUGGCCCAGUGCUGCCUAUGAUCUUUUGGAUACUAAUGUUCCCACCGAUGUGAUGACUUAUGCAUCUCUGCCAUUUCCCGAUACUCUCCCGCUAUUUCCCCAUCGUUCUGAUGUGUUGAAGUAUAUGCAAAAUUACGCCAAGGAUAUCAGUCCAAUAACCCAAUUUAAUACUGUGGUGGUUCUGGUGGAACGGGAAAAUGACCAAUGGAAGGUACUUUCUCGUCCUGUGAAUCUAGAAACUGCCGGUGGUGAACGGUCAGAUCAAGACACAGUUGAGUACUUUGACGCUGUGGUGGCUGCCGUGGGUAAUUACGACGUUCCGUUUAUUCCACAUAGAAACGGCAUGGAACAGUGGAACCAACAAUUCCCUGGAACCAUUAGUCAUGUGAAGGCAUUCAAGUCUCCUAAACAAUUUGAAAAUGUCAAGGGAGAUAUAUUGGUGGUGGGAAACUCUGCCUCUGCUGGCGAUAUCUGCUAUCAGCUAGCUGAGGGAUUGAAAAGAACAAUCUAUAAAUCCAGAAGAUCAGAAAACCUUCAGCCAGCGAGUCCCAGCAACAAGAUUGUGGACAAGCCUGAUAUAGACCGGUUCGAUGCAUCCCAGAAAAGAGUCUAUUUUAUUGACCAAUCGUAUAUGGAUAAUGUGGAAAAAGUCAUUUUUGCAACAGGUUAUUUGAAGUCGUAUCCCUUCUUUGAAAAACUCAACAAAUCGAAAACACCCAUUCUUACAGAUGGUCACAAAGUACACGGAACUUAUCAGCACGUACUACUUUACAAUUUUCCAAACUUGGCUGUGGUAGGAUUGCCAAAAUUUGUACUUCCAACCCGAGUUUCUGAAUCACAAGCGUGCUGGUUGGCAAAGGUGUGGUCGGGAAAAGUCCCUCUUCCAUCAUUUGAAGAGAUGAAAAAGUGGGAGGACGAUAGAAUCAAGAUCAAGGGUAAUGGGAAAAACUUUCACGACAUGAACUUUCCUGAAGAUGUUGAAUAUUGUAACUAUCUCAACCACUUGGUGGUAUCCGCCAAAUCAAAUGUUGGACUCAAACCGUUGGUUUGGGAUGAACGCCAGGUUAGAAUUCGAGCAUCGGUCAAGGGCAUAAAGGAGGCGUACGUUCUUUAUAGAGACAAGACUGGAAAAUUGGCAUCAACUUAUAGUGAGUUGGAACAGGUGGCUCCUGGAGUUUUGGUGGAUAACUCGGUGCUAGCUGAAAAGGGGUUUAGAUACUAG